AUGCACCCGUUAUCGAUUGAUUCUCCAUCACUGAGCGGCGAUUUAUCUGGGAAAACUCUACAGUUUAUGAAUGCCCAGUGUCUGAGAGGAAAACAUCUAGUUAUCGACCACGUUUGGGUUAAGAACAGGAAAAUUAUCAAUGCAGCUGAUGUAUUUUAUCAUGAGCAGUGUGUAGCUGAUAUCCAAAUUGAUUGUAAAGGUUUGAUUCUGUCUCCAGGCUUCAUAGAUGUGCAAAUCAAUGGAGGGUUCGGGUUCGACUUCUCUCAGGCCUUGUCUUCAAACUCUGAGUAUGAGCAAGGCGUGGAAAUGGUUUCACAUAAUUUACUGUCUCAAGGAGUUACAUCGUAUGCUCCGACUCUGAUAACUAGCUCUUCGGAAAUAUACAGGAAGGUUCUACCGUUGCUGUUCAAACGCGAUGGAGGUAUCGGAGGUGCAGGUGUUCUUGGAGCGCAUUUGGAAGGGCCUUUCAUUUGUAAGGAUAAAAAAGGAUGUCAUCCAUCAGAAUUCGUCUGUGGUUUUGGAUCUGAUCCCGAAAAUACUCUGAAAAACGUUUAUGGAUCUUUUGAAAAUAUUGCUAUUGUAACUCUGGCUCCUGAGUUACCUGGUUGCGACAUCGCCAUUAGAACUUUAGUGAAAAACAAUAUUGUUGUUUCUUUGGGGCAUUCUAGCGCUACUCUGAAACAUGGAGAAGCUGCCAUAAAAGCUGGAGCCUCGUGCAUAACUCAUUUGUUCAAUGCGAUGGCACCUUAUCAUCACCGUGGUCCUGGUCUCAUUGGCCUUCUGGCAUCGAAUGAGAUUUCCGGUAUCAAUUAUGGAAUGAUAUCUGAUGGGAUUCAUUCGGAUGAUAGUGCGUUGAGGAUAGCUUAUAGAACUUGUCCAGACGGUCUCAUAUUAGUGACUGAUGCUAUCGCGGCUUUGGGAAUGUGCGACGGAGAACACCGACUCGGAGCUCAAACUGUGGUAGUGGAAGGCUUACAUGCUUUUCUCAAAGGAACACAAACAACUGCUGGGAGUGUUGCUUCAAUGCCGUUUUGUGUCAAACAUUUCAUAAGUGCAACAAACGCAAGUGUCGGAGAAGCUCUGUAUGCAGCAACGAAGCAGCCAGCUCAACUCUUGAGUUUAUCUAAUAAAGGAAAUUUGGAUGUUGGUAGCGACGCCGAUUUUGUUCUUUUGAAUGAUGAUCUUCAAGUACAGGCAACGUUCAUAGGAGGACAACGUGUUUUCUCUUCAUCUCAUUAA